GUAAGGGAGAAGGUGGGGGGGACAACACAUUUGUAUGGGGAAGGUAUAAUUUGUAUUGUAAUAGAGUAAAUGGAGGGAAGAGACACCAGCAGAGAAGGUGACUAGUGAGGGCCGAGGAAAAAUAGGCAGGGGAAACUACAGCAAGGGAGGCAGAUAAGAAUGUUGUAAGAGAUAUAAUUGAUAAGGCAAAAUGAGACCCAGUUUAGAGGAAGAGGAUAUAGCAAUAGGGGGAGAGAAUGUUGUGACGGUGUGGGGGGCAGAAGGGGUGAGAAUGACUGACUGAAGCCUCAGAAACUAAGCAUCUGUUUAAAGAAUAGAUCCAUGCAGUGGCUGGACAAAAUAUUGAACGAGCAGAAAGAAAUAGAAAGCACGGGUUGAAAGGGCAUCCUAGGAAUAGAAUUGGCCCAGGCAAUUCAGGAUGGCCAGGCAGACAGCAGAUUUGCAUAAGAUGCUCUAGCUGUGCCUGAAGAUGCCCAGGAUCAUGGCUGAUUGGGGUCUCCGUGGCCUUCUCUCACCGCUCCUCCCAGACCCCUCCACUUGGCAUUCUCGGCCAGAGCCGGCCAUAGCUGUGCUGAGUUCCCUAGCCCUCUUGUUCAUCUGGUAUUGCUAUCGUGUGGGGACAGGGCAGGUAGCCCCUGUGUCUCAUCCGCAAGGUAUACCGCCGGAAGAAGGAUGCCCUCAUCGUACCCUCAAGGGUGAUGCUAUCAAUCGGCGCCUGUAUCGCAGCCUGCGAGAUUAUGCCAAGCGCUAUUCGUGGUCAGGUAUGAACCGGCUGCACAAAGGUAUCCGGGACCAGGCCCAUUAUCAGCUGGGCGAACGGCUGGCAAUUCAGAAGCCCAGCGCCUUCUACCUCCCCGACUUGCCUUCAGCCCCAUAUUUCCCCCGGGAGUCCCAGCGUCAUGAUGUGGAGAUUCUUGAACUCAGCUUCCCAGCCAUCCUGCGGGAAUUUGAGGGCAUUGCGUGGGACUUUGAACCCGGAGCCCCAACACCACGGGGAUGGACGGUCAAUGCCAGCCCUGGCUGGCACAGUUAUUACCUCUACCGGCAGGGGGAGUGCAUAGCACAGAAUUGUCGCAGCUGCCCAUGGACAUACCGGGCACUCAGUGCACUACGCACCUUUAUCAACGCCAAUUGCUUUGGAAAUGCCUGCUUUAAUGUCUUGCAGCCUGGAACUGUACUACCUGGCACCUAUGGUCCAACGAACACCAGGGUACGGUGCCACCUAGGGCUAAAAGUGCCACCUGGUUGCGAGUUGGUGGUGGGGGGCGAGCCGCAGUGCUGGUCUGAAGGAUGCUGCCUUCUGGUGGAUGAUUCCUUCUUGCAUACCACAGCCCAUAACGGUUCCCCCAGCGAUGGACCCCAAGUGAUUUUUAUUGCUGAUCUCUGGCACCCCAACGUAGCAGGACCCGAGCGACAGGCAUUAGAUUACAUCUUUGCCCCUGGUCGAUAGAUGCCUCACCUAGCAGUUAGGUGCUGAGGUGUCAUGCAAAAGCUGCACAGAGAUCUGUGAUGGACGAAGCCAUGGAAAUGUCUUUUUCUUCAAGGUGACUCUGCGCCCUCUUUAAGACCCAUCCUACAGACUUUUGUGACGCAGAACAUCUUGGUUUCUUUUCUUGCACUGUAUGGUUCCUUGUGGUUUUUUUUCUUCUGGCACUGCUCUGUUCAGGGUUGUGCAAGUGGGAAUGUUGCUGACUACACUAUAGUACUAGAUGCCCUCACAUUUAGUGAAGUAUAUGAAACCCACAUUCUGUAUCAGUAGCAUAGAUUUCUCCAGGGUUGUUUUGGGAAGGAGGGUAAGAAAUUAACCAAAGUAAAAUACUCUGUUUCUACCUGUCUAUGAUAAUUUGUUGUUGUUCUUUCACUACAUCUGUAUCUCGACAUUUGUGUCAAGGGAUUUAAUUUUGAAAAAUCCUAGCCAGUUGUAUUCCAAUAAAAUCCUUAAAGA